AUGAAUCAGAAUAACGACCUCGCGAAUAGUGCGGCGUCUCCUUCAGGUGGCUCAGGCUACACGCUGAGUCACAUCGUCAGUCACGGCGGUGAUAACCCUGCUCAAGUCCAAGACUAUCAAGCGUCAGAUGAACUGACUCGCAACGGACUGCGCGCUGAGGCAGCGUUCAAUACACCCAUGGUCCAGCUGAUCAUCAAGGACUUCUGCGACUUGAGCGAGCGACUGGAGCAGAUCGGGGCCAUGGUUCCCACACAGAGUGGCCUACAUUACUGGGUUAGCGACUCCGCCAACGGAAGGGGUAUCAUCGUUGCCGAGUGUGUCGAACUCUUGAGGUACGCGCCCGGAUACACCGUGCGCGUUCCGCGUGACGUGCGAUUAGCAUUUGAAGCCCUCAACACCCUCGAACUCGUAAAACAAGCUAUGUAUCACAGCCUCUCGGGGUAUCUACGAUACCUCGAAACCCAACAGCCGGCGCAGGCUCUCCAAGCUUACCAACCACCACCACCACCUAUUCUACUUAAACGCCAGGACCAGAUCGUUGUACCGCAAGGACCUAGAACAUCCGGCGUUCGGUCCAGUGGUUCCGCUGGUAUCCAUCGGUACGAGUGGCCAGAGUCUCGCAAACUUGCCUGGCUUUGCAUCACCCCACGUAUGGUUCUACCUGAGAAGGCUUUAGAAUCUUCAUACUGUUCCUUCAACAGCGUAGCGCUGUGGGACCAUGUUGACGUCCGCCUGAUUGGACCCAACAUCGAGGUGACUCUUGUGGAGAUUGCUGCGUUCUUUCCUCGAGCAGCCUCAUGUUGGAGGGCUAUCUGGAAGCGCUUCGAAGCGAGCGGAUGGAAUCUUCAUAAGCUGCGUGAGCUGAUCUUCUACUCCCGCCAGCUUAGUGUAGGCGAUUUACGGGCCCACUCCGCCGGCAGUAUGAAGAAGCAUCGACGAGAUGCUCGUAGUCACCUUUGCGCCGCCGCCGGUCUUACGCUCUCUGCGAUCAAUACCGAUCGUGUGAACUCAACUACCGAGUUCUGCGAUCUUCGCGACUGCUUCCUUGUCAGCCUGGGCGACGGACUAGUAUACUGGCCUGGAGGAGCUGAUCAGGGGGUGCUGACCCUCGCUGUCUGGCACGCUCGUCGACACGGCCAUAAUAACGUACGACUAUCUCAACUUGAGCGUUACGUCGAACAAGUACAAGAGGAAAUGGUUAAACUAUAUGGUCCUCUUCCACAGCCUAGUCCCCUUGGUCUCUAUCAGACUGAUUGGCAGGCGCUAGAGCGAAUCUUUCCGCAGCAGAGUUACGAUGCGACUCGGGUUCAUGAUCCAACGUACGAUGUCGUCCGAAAGUGGUGGGCAGCGGGACGGUAUUUUCACCAAGACUAA